AUGGGCUCCAUCAGUGCAGCAAAUGCAGAAUUUUGUUUUGAUGUAUUCAAAGAGGUGAAACUUUACCACCCCAACGACAACAUCUUUUAUUGCCCCUUGAGCAUGAUUGCAACCUUGGCCAUGGUCUAUCUGGGAGCAAGAAAUAACACUGAGUAUCAGAUGGAGAAGGUUCUUCACUUUGACAAAAUUGCAGGACUUGGAAAUAUCCAGACCAAGUGUGGCAAGUCUGCGAAUAUCCACCUACUGUUUAAAGAAAUUCUCUCUGAUAUCACUGCACCAGAAGCCAAUUAUUCACUGCACAUUGCCAACAGACUCUAUGCUGAAAAGACAAGUCAGAUCCUACCGAUUUACUUAAAAUGUGUGAAGAAGCUGUACAGAUCUGGUCUAGAAACGGUCAACUUCAAAACAGCAUCAAAUCAAUCCAGACAGCGCAUUAAUUCCUGGGUGAAAAAUCAGACAAAUGGACAGAUCCGGGAUUUCCUUGAACCACGCUCUGUUAAUCCUCAGACUGUGCUGGUCCUUGUGAAUGCCAUUUACUUCAAAGGGAAAUGGAAGACCCCGUUUCAAGAAGAACACACUGAGGAAGUGCCCUUCAAUGUGACAGAGCAAGAGAGCAGACCCGUGCAAAUGAUGUAUCAGAACAGCACCUUCAGAGUGGGAAGAGUGGCUGAAGAUAAAAUCAAGGUCCUGGAGCUUCCAUACACCAGUGGAGAGCUGAGCCUGUUGGUGCUGCUGCCUGAUGACAUCUCUGGCCUGGCACAGCUUGAGAACAAAAUCAGCUUUGAAAAACUUACCGAGUGGACCAGUUCUGAGGUGAUGGAAAAGAAGAGGGUAAAAGUGUACCUCCCACGCAUGAAGAUUGAGGAGAAAUAUAACCUCACAUCUGUCCUGACAUCCUUGGGUAUGACUGACCUGUUCAGCCCGGCUGCCAACCUCUCUGGCAUCUCUGCAGCAGAGAGCCUGAGGGUGUCUGAGGCUGUCCACAAGUCAUACAUGGAAGUCAAUGAAGAGGGCACUGAGGAGGGCACUGGCUCAGCAGAUGACACAGAAGACAUUCUAUAUUCCUCUGAGUUUGAAGAGUUUAGGGCUGACCACCCAUUCCUUUUCUUGAUCAAACACAAUCCAAGCAACCUGAUCCUCUUCUUUGGUAGAUAUUGUUAUCCCUAA